AUGACAGAGAAAUCUUGCGGUUUAGUUGAAAGGUUGUCAUCUGUAAAUGCAUCUUAUGAAAUGAAUCAUCAAGUGAGGUCAGAUAUACCCCUUUCACCAUGCAAUGAUCUUUGUACAAGUAACAUAGCCGGUGGAGAAGAUAAGAUCGCAUUUACAUUCGUUCCGGCUCCUGAAAAUGGCUCAUCUGAUUCAUCAAACCCCUUGUCUCAUAGUGACCGGCAGGAGCAUCGAAAAUCAGAAGCUGAAAAUUCUGGUGACAUUGAGCCCAUUAAAAUAUGGACUAAUGGGGGUCUGUUGGGACUGAAACCAUCGAAGCCUUCAGUUCUGGAUUGCAAGACCGAGGAAAGGAAAAUUGGUUCGGCUGAAACUGAAAAAGAUAAAUCAGAUGAUCUAGGAACCCAAAAUGUUUCAAGCUUAGCAACUCCAGGAACCCAAAAUCUGGCAACGAUUGUUGUUGACCACAGAGAGUGCCGUGAGACUUCUUCCGGAGUCUUUGGACUCAUCCACAAGUUACUCACUAAUGGCUUCCGCAGAAGAGAUUCAUUUCCCCAUGAAAGACAGGCUGUACCAGCAACCAUYCCWGAGAAUGAWGAAAUGACGACAGAGAAKAGCAKUUUWUKUGACCAAGACAWUACUGAGAAAAGCUUGAUGGAUCCCUUUAGAGAUGAAGCUCCAAUUGAUUGGAUUACAUCGUCCCCGCCUCUUCGACACAUGAAAAUAUCUCUCAAUCCCGUUGACACCCUUCAGGCUUCCAGACUGAAGCUGAAAUUUUCAGAAGGGGACAAUAACUACAAUAUGUUUUCUUCUUUUCAGCUGCUUCCAGAGGCUGCUACUUCCCUUCCUGAUUCUUAUUCAGACGAUGACACUUUCUGUAGAUCCUCUCCUUACAUGCCAGAUACCGAUUAUCUUAGCGAUAAUCAGUCCUUGUCAAAUUCUGAUCAGUGUCAUGUCGGUAACAAUGCUGAAGCUUCUUGUCUAGAGAUUGAAUCAGAUAGUGGUUGUGUCGCUGUAAACCUCUCAUACCUCCAGAAUCCUGCUGAGCCUUUACCACCACCAUUUCCAUCCAUACAAUGGAUGGUUUCAAAGACGCCCUCAGUCAACAAAGAACAGCCUAACGUAGUGACUUCUGCUCCUAAACAAGAAAUUAAGGGCCAUCUGAAGAAUAAUGUCAGGGAGGACAAACAAAGCGCCAACGAAAAGGAGACUGAAGCUGGAGACUUCUUGCAACAAAUCCGAACACAACAAUUCAACCUGAGGCCUGUUGUUAUGACAACGACAUCAUCUGCUGCUGCAACAACUGACCCUAGAAUAAACACUAAGAUCAGCGCGAUUUUGGAGAAAGCAAACUCGAUACGACAGGCUGUAGCUAGCAACGAUGGAGAUGAAAGCGAUACAUGGAGCGAUACAUAA